AUGUGUUUGGUCAAAUUCAAAGACGCGCGCCUGGCUGCAAGAAUUAGUAAGUUGGUGCGGCAGACAAGUUGGGAAGAAGGUCUUUCACUAGCACUUGGCCGACUGAAGUAUCAUGAGGCCGCUGGAAUGCCCGCGCCCGUGCCCAACGACCCGAGACUGUCUCCUCGACUUUUGGUCAUGUCAUCCGGCAUCAGUGCCCUUUCUCAGGCAUCGGCCUGGACGAAAGCAUUGAGCCUGCUCUCUGCGUCCAGAAAGUAUCAGGUGCUUCCAGAUGUCGUUCUUUACAAUGCGACAGCCGCGGCAUGCGAUCGCGCAUCUCAUUGGCAGUGGUCGCUUCAACUUUUCGAUCGCAUGCAUGGAGGCAGACUCCAUACCGACUCAACGAGCCUUAAUGUGCUGAUCAGCGCGUGUGGCCGCGCAUCUCGGUGGGAGCUGGCGCUGGCCUUUACAGUUGGUGCUUGCAAGUUACAAGGGCAACCCCAGCUAGAUGCGCUUGGCGAAGCCAAAGGGGUCGGAGCAGCCAUUGACGCGUUAGGUCGAGCUGGGCAGUGGCGCAUUGCUCUGUCCCUGUUGGACGAAGUGCGAACCAGAAGCGUAGCGAGCAUAGGAUGUUUCAAUGCCGCCAUUGCAGCAGCCGCUCGGAGCGGCCAGUGGCUUCAGGCUUCACAGUGCUUGGAAGCCGUCCAUCGCCUCCGCCUGACCCCAACGGCAAUCACCAAAGGAGCAGAGAUCCACGUCCUGGGUUUGGGCGACAAGGGGAAGGGCCCGAGAGGUUUGGGCUGGCAAGGUUGCCUCGCUGCACUCCUCCAGCCAAACCCGUUUCUGAACCUUCAUGUGCUGAAUGCAUCGCUCAGCAGCUGUGGACGGGCUCGUCGCUGGGAGCUCGUGCACUCAUUGCUGCAGCUGAUGCCCAUUCUGGUUAUCGUCCCAGAUGCGUUGAGUGCAUCAGCCGUGGUCUCUUCAUGUGCUUCCUCAUUCAAGUGGGAGCAUGCCUUGGAACUUCGUCCAAGGGAGUCAGAUUGGAAAAGCCUCGGUCUGGAGCUUUCAGCAUCACGCUCCAUCUUUGUCUGUUUACCACAUGUAGCAUGCAGGUGGAUGCGAUGCUUGCUGCGUCAGAUGGUUUCACUGUUGCAAAGUGCACCGAGAACCGAGCAAGAGUUUGGGGCAUGUUUGCUUGCGUGGGACACUUUGAAGUCGUACAAUCCAGAGCUGUCUGCUGGGAAUGCGUGGCGGCACAAAGAGUAUUUUGACCGGCUGCACGACCGACGGAUUGCUUCUCCGGCAUUUACCUGUCUUGGGACCCAGUGCGGAAGGCCAAAGGCAGCUGAUUCAAGCGCAGCCCUUUCGGGUCUUGCCGUCCUCGAGCGGGUUCAUGACUUAGGGCCAGAACUGUCUAAGACCGCACUGGAGGUCAGCGGUGCAAGAAGCAUGUAUGUCCUCGUGUUGCCUGCUCGAAAAAGGAUUCUUUGCGUGCUCCCAACAUGGCAUCUGCAUCUUCGUAGAACCCGGGUGCUGUUGAACGCUUUUCUGGAAUUGCCAACUUGCGAAUCUUCACAUUGCCCAUCUGUUGCCAGCUGA